AUUCGACCCUUUUGUCAAGCGGAACCAAAAAACCGGCUUUUGUUUUCACACGGACCGCUAACAGCAGAUAUGGCAACCUGCACGCGGAAUGUUUGGAAAGUUUUGUCAGGAUGUCAGAAGCAGCUGCUGAGCGCCGGCGGUCCCUCGUACUUAGCCGUAUCUCAGGCGGCACCGAGGACUCUACCCAUCCGUACCUACGCAGCUGUCAGGGCCCUGAAGAAGGACAAAAAGGAGGAGGCAAAGAAGGAAGAGAAGAAAGAGAAGCGAGUCAUCGAUGACAAAGAUAGGCCCAAGCCUUUUGGGAAGACCGCCUGGGUUCCUGUGGAUGACGUCUACGUUAAGCGGUUCUAUGCCAGGGUCAUCCACAGCGCCGCAGACAGCAUCGACAUGCUGAAGAGGUUCCAGAAGCUGGACUUCACGCCCGCCGAUCAGCCCGUCUACAUCGACCUGAAGCUGGACAUGAAGCUGGAGAAAAAGAAAAAAGUCGACCCCUUCGUCAGCACCGUGCAUCUACCGCAUCCCUUCAAGACAGAGAUGAACAAAGUUUUGGUUUUCACUGAGGAUUCUGGUCAGGCUACAUUUGCUAAGGAGAACGGAGCAGCUUUUGUUGGAGGAGCAGAGCUCAUUCAGCCGAUUCUGGACGAUGAGAUUUCAGCCGACUUCUACGUUGCAGUUCCUGACAUGCUGACGAAGAUUGUACCUCUGAAAAACAAACUGAGGAAGAAGUUUCCAAAGAGCAAACGAGGUACCGUAACCAACAAUAUUUCCCAGGCGUUGCAGUUGUUUAAAACGGGUCAUGAGUACCAGGUGGAGAGCGACUGCUUCGUUAGGACCCAGAUAGCCACGCUUGACAUGCCCAGUGAGCAAAUCUUCGCCAACCUGCAGGCGAUCCUGACCGACGUCUGUUCACGCCGACCGGCCAGCCUCGGACCGUUUGUUGAGCGGGCCAUCAUGUCCAGUCAGACCAGCGAAGCCAUCUGGUUCCGGACCGAAAGUGUUUUACCUGAAGCAGCUCAGACGGAUGAGAAAUGACUUCCCUAUCAGAUUAUAAAUAAUGACCGUACUGAAUAAAGAUUUUGUUUUUCUGGUUUCCCUCA